CUGCAUUUCUAGCCUGAGCUACAGAACAAGACUGUCUCUUUAAAAAAUAUAAAAAAACACCUCUAACGAUUAGGUUUCACUCUUUGCCAGUGAUCUGUAUGGGGUUGGGAAUGCAUUCAAAGAUGGGGCUGGGGAGCAGCAUGACUUUUUGAAAGUUAAAUCUGUGGAUGAAAUGACAAAGGAAAAGAUAAAUCUUUUAGGCUACAUAAUGAGAGUUUAAUAAAUUAUUUGCCUCAAACAAUACAAGCCAGAUUACAAAUUAAUUGGAGUCUUAUUUGCAUCAGGUGUAAUGCAAGGUUAUCCUUAAGGUCUGAAGAGCUAAUUAAGACAAAUACAUUAAGAUUAAUAGAUAAAUAGGAAAGGACGUGAGCAGUUUAGAAAGUGGUAAACACUAGACUUUGGAAAAAAAAAUAGUUAAACUUACCAUAAAAAUUUAAUAGUCAUACUUGCUGUAUUCAGUGAGCAGAGAUUUAAAGAGAAAUUUUUAGUUCUAAUGGUGGACAUGAAAAUCCAUAUAGAGUUUCUCCAAAGUAAUAUGGCAGUUAUAUAUAGAAUUCUGAAAGUGAUCAUGGUCUUUAAUUUAUGGCUUUCUUUUUAAUUUCUGCUUCUUAAAAUCCACUCCAGAGAAUUAACCUGAAACAUAUUCAAAGAUGCUUAUAUAAAGGCAUUUUCAGAGGAUUAUUUGUUAUAGUAAUUGCAAGCAAUCCAAAAUAAACAACAUGAAAUAAACCAUACCAGAAUCAUGAAGCGAUCAGUGGUUUGUCCAUUUGUAAUCAUUAAAAUGUACAUGAGCCUUUAAAAAUACCAAAAACAUACAUUUUCAUGUUAAGUGCAUUAACAGUAUGAAAUUAUGUAGGUGAUAGCAUCUAAUGGUAUUACAAAGUUGGCAUAGAAAUAGAGAAGGGUUUCUUUUGAGUGGAGGAAUUUUAGCUUCCCACUAAUGUAAGGGAUCGUCAUUAUGGGGAAGUGUUUGACACCACAGUCCCGAAUGUGUUGGAGAUAGCAACGGGCCUCUGAGGCUAGGGAGGAGGCCAGUGUGGAACAUGGCAGGAACAGGGCCUUGCUUGGGCUUGGAGAGUGACAGGGAAGGAAGAGGACAUCAUCUUUCAUAAGUAGCUCUUUUCAUUUCAAUUAGUUUUUGUGACUAAGCCAGCCACUACUCUUGCCUUUAUUUUCUCACAUAUGUACGGUUUGAAAUCAGUCCGUUAGCCAUGUCUUCUUAGGGUGACCUUGUAGGUAGCUGAGCGAUCAGGGUGGCUUGAUGCAGUGGAAGGUGUACAGCCUUUGUGUUGAAUUGUCCAUGCUGCUUAGCCUGGGUGGCCAGGAGGUUUGCCCCAUGCUGCCUGAGCCCAGGUUUACCCCAGGAUGCUUCGUUUGUAGAAUGAGUUGGUAAUGCUGGCCAUGACCUGGUCGUAUGUUAAGGGGACUGGCAGUUGGCCUUAAGGGCUUCAGCAAAGUGCUGGACCUUAGAGGUUUUUGUGCUUAUUAAGACGAGUAUUUAAGAGCAUUGGGAAUGGAAGGCAUCACUGAGGCCACCACAGCAUUCUGUUUGUAAACUGGAAUCCCAGUAGCUUCUGAGGGCGAUGUGCGAAAGCUGUAGCCAAGGUGGCCUGAUCAUAUCAUUAAAGGGGACAGGUCUGUGACCUGAUGUGCCUGAGCUUGGUGGGUUUGACAGUGAAAGCACGCUUGUUGGUGACCGACAUCUUUCCUGAUAGGGAUCAAAGGGAGGGGUUGGAUUCCUAGGCUGGAGAGAAUGAUAGUCUGGAGUCUCCUCUUGCAGGGAUGAGGAGCACCCCCUCCACAUUAGAGAAUGGGCUUUCUUAAGUUGCUGACUGGGAAGACACGGUCCUUAUGGCCUUCCCUGCUCAGUGAUACGCACUACGACUUUAGUUUGUAGGCUAUCUGUAUUAGUCCGUUCUCACAGUGCUAUGAAGAAGUGCCUCAGACUGGGUAAUUUAUGAAGAAAAGAGGUUUAAUUGACUCACAGUUCCACAUGGCUGGGAGGACUUCAGGAAUCUUAUAAUCAUGAUGAAAGGCGCCUCUUCGCAGAGCAGUGGGUGAGAGAAGAGUGCCAACAGGGGAAAUGCUAGAUGUUUAUAAAACCACUAAAUCUUGUGAGAACUCACUAUCAUGCCGUCGUGAGAACAGCAUAGGGGAAUGCCGCAUCCUUCUCCCCGGCCAUGGUUCAGUUACCUCCACCCAGUCCUGCCCUUGACACAUGGGGACUAUGACAGUUCAAGGUGAGAUUUGGAUGGGGACACAGAACCAAGCCAUGUCACUUUUCCUGUUAUUUUGUGCAUGUUGGUAAUACUGUGACUAUAAUGUAAUAGGUAGCAGUCACUCAUUUUAAUCUGUAGGUGUACAAGAACGGUUUUGUAUCCUUAGAUGUCAUGGCACACUUCCACGGGCCCUUCCUGUGCUCCAGAGAAGCCCCAUGGCUGUCUUUUCCUUCCUGCUCCUUCAGUUUCUGGGGGCCUCCAGAUGCCAGUCCAAGGAGGAAAACCUGGUGUCCUCUGUCUCCGUCUGUCGGCACUGACCCUAAACCCUGGAGUUGCUUCAUCUCUUCAUCUUCUGCUUUUCCCUUGGCUUUUUUCCACCUUAACCAAGAUUUCUUCUAAAUCUUGUGACCCCUUGAAGUCUCUGCCUGGGACUUGUAGGUGGAGAUGGUUAAUUAUGAGGGGCCCGGAGGCAUCAGGUAGGGUGUGCAGCUUGUGGGGUUCCCUCCUUUGCUGGGCGAUGAGAUGCCUGCUGGCCUCUUUCACACUUGGCUCCCAUUGUUUUUCAUGGAUUUCCUUGCUGUAUCUGGACGAAGAUGAUACAGAUGAAGGUUGUCAGGUAGGCAGUAGUGGAAGGCUGACACAGAGAAGAGCUUAGCGUUUGGGAGAAUUGAGUCGGUUAAUUGGAAGAAAGGCUGACUUGUGAAGACAUUGCCUUUGGACUGAAGGAGUCAUUCAAGAAGCAGCUCCAAGUACGACUCCAGAUUGGGCUGGAAGUUCGAAAGGUGGCUGGCUAGAUGCCUUCCUGCUGUAAGCCAAGGACUGGCACUCUUGAGUAACCAUCAUAACCCAGUAAAACCCCUUUUUAUGAAAAAGAGAAACAGACUGAUGGACUUGUCCAGCUGCAGGCAGUCGUUGGUGGAGUGCAGCUGUGAGCCCAGGUCUAUCUGGCUGCAUACGCCAGCUGUUUACCUGUCGCCAUGCUGCUGUGAAGGUGCCAUUGCGGGCAUCCGCAUCCCCCUGUGGGCUGGGAGGCUUUGCAGGAGCUGUUGCCUGUAAACCUUUAACAUUUGUGAGAAACAUACCCCAAGACCUAUGAAUCUCCACAUUGAAAAAUAAUAUAAUAACAUAUUUUCUUUCAAAAGAUACAGUGUCAUAAAAGAAAAGCAUGAUGCGGUCCCUCCAAACUUUUUUUGAGAGUCAAUGUUCCUAGGCAUUAGUAAGGACCAGCAGCCCUAGCAUGCUGCAUUACAUUAGUAACUGUGUGUGGUGGGGGAGCCACUGACUGCCCGAUGUCAUUGUGACCUGUGGAUGAGCCAGCAGGGGCUUCGGGGAUUGCUUGUCAGCACUCCUCCCUCCUUUUCUCCUUUCCCUGUAGUCAGAUGUUUAUUAGAGGCUACAAACUACCGUCUUGUAAUUUACUUUUUGAAAAGUUAAAUACUUGAAGUGUAAAUAAACUGGAAGGGAGAAACUUAAAUGAUAGUCGUGUUUCUUUGUAGCAGUGGACAGGGAGGAGCUGAUUAGGUAGGGUAGAAGUAGAUUUUUGAAUAAUUGUGCCAUUUUUUAGGUUUUUCUUCUUCGACUUCAGGAUUGGGUUAUGGAAAUUGGUUGUAUGAUGAUAAAAAUCUUUUAUCCAAAUAAAAUUUUAAAAAUCGAUGUUCUUUGUUCUCUUAUGUAAAUCAGUUAUUUAUUUUUAAAAGGCUGUUGAUGACAUAUAAACAUAAAACACCUACCAAUAUUGGCAGUGAAAGUUGUAACCCAUUUGUAAAAUCAGAAAUACUGAGUAUUCCUUUAAUGAAGUAGUGAAUAAAGUAAGUGUCAGUGUCUGUGUCUGCGAGGCGCAGAAGUGAGUUGUCCUUGUUUUGCGGGCAGUGUAGGGAUUGUGUGGCACCAGUGUUUGACUGUGCUCCGUGCCUCAUGACCCCUGGGAAGCUGGUGCUGGCUGAGCUCAGCUCUCUGGGCCUUUCUUCAGCACUGUGAGUUGUAAAAGCUGCUUUUUCUCUGAAAACUGCGUGUGUCGUCUGGGUUUCCAGCGUUGGUGGGAUGGAGCUGUGGUGGCCAGGCUGUGAGGUCUUAUGGGGUCCUGCAGCAGCCAGAUCGUGCAGAAGACAAGGAGGGGAAGAAAGGUGGUGCUACAGAAUAUUUUAGAAACAGAAAAUGAAUAUUCUAAAGAACUUCAGACUGUGCUUUCAACCUACCUACGGCCGUUGCAGACCAGUGAGAAGUUAAGUUCAGCAAACAUUUCAUAUUUAAUGGGAAAUCUAGAAGAAAUAUGUUCUUUCCAGCAAAUGCUCGUACAGUCUUUAGAAGAAUGCACCAAGUUGCCCGAAGCUCAGCAGAGAGUCGGAGGCUGCUUUUUAAACCUGAUGCAGCAGAUGAAAACCCUGUACCUCACAUAUUGUGCCAAUCACCCUUCUGCAGUGAACGUCCUCACGGAGCACAGUGAGGAGUUGGGAGAGUUCAUGGAGACCAAAGGUGCCAGCAGCCCUGGGAUUCUUGUGCUGACCACAGGCCUGAGCAAACCCUUCAUGCGCCUGGAUAAAUACCCUACGCUGCUCAAAGAGCUGGAGAGACACAUGGAGGAUUAUCAUACAGAUAGACAAGAUAUUCAAAAAUCUAUGGCUGCCUUCAAAAACCUUUCAGCCCAAUGUCAAGAAGUCCGGAAAAGGAAAGAGCUUGAGCUGCAGAUCCUGACGGAAGCCAUCCGGAACUGGGAGGGCGAUGACAUUAAAACUCUGGGCAACGUCACUUACAUGUCCCAGGUCCUGAUUCAGUGUGCAGGAAGUGAGGAAAAGAAUGAAAGAUAUCUUCUACUCUUCCCCAAUGUUUUGCUAAUGUUGUCUGCCAGUCCUAGGAUGAGUGGCUUUAUAUAUCAGGGAAAGCUUCCAACGACAGGAAUGACAAUCACAAAGCUUGAGGACAGUGAAAAUCAUAGAAAUGCAUUUGAAAUAUCAGGGAGCAUGAUUGAGCGGAUAUUAGUGUCCUGCAACAACCAGCAGGAUCUGCAGGAAUGGGUGGACCACCUACAGAAGCAAACGAAAGUCACGUCUCUGGGAAACCCCACCAUCAAGCCCCAUUCGGUGCCAUCUCACACCCUCCCCUCCCACCCGGUGACUCCGUCCAGCAAGCAUGCAGACAGCAAGCCCGCGCCGCUGACGCCUGCCUACCACACGCUCCCCCACCCAUCCCACCAUGGCACCCCGCACACCACCAUCAACUGGGGACCCCUGGAGCCUCCAAAAACACCCAAGCCUUGGAGCCUGAGCUGCCUGCGGCCUGCGCCUCCCCUCCGGCCCUCAGCUGCUCUCUGCUACAAGGAGGAUCUUAGUAAGAGUCCCAAGACCAUGAAAAAGCUGCUGCCCAAGCGCAAACCUGAACGGAAGCCUUCGGAUGAGGAGUUUGCAUCACGGAAAAGCACAGCUGCUUUGGAAGAAGAUGCUCAGAUUCUGAAAGUCAUCGAGGCUUACUGCACCAGCGCCAAAACAAGGCAAACACUCAAUUCAACAUGGCAAGGCACUGACCUGAUGCAUAAUCACGUCUUGGCUGAUGAUGACCAACCAAGCCUAGACUCCUUGGGUCGUCGCAGUAGCCUUUCUCGUUUGGAGCCUUCAGACCUCUCGGAAGACUCUGACUAUGACAGUAUAUGGACAGCCCAUAGUUACAGAAUGGGUUCUACAUCUCGUUCACGCAAAGAAUCUGCUCCACAAGUUUUGCUUCCAGAAGAAGAGAAAAUUAUAGUCGAAGAAACUAAAAGUAAUGGUCAGACAGUGAUUGAAGAAAAGAGUCUUGUGGAUACCGUAUACGCAUUAAAGGAUGAAGUGCAAGAAUUAAGACAGGACAACAAAAAGAUGAAGAAGUCUCUAGAGGAAGAGCAGAGAGCCCGCAAAGACUUGGAGAAGCUGGUGAGGAAAGUCCUAAAGAACAUGAACGACCCUGCCUGGGACGAGACCAAUCUGUAAGGGAUGUCCUUAGUUCUUCCUGUCUAAGGCCAGCUCUGAAGGGUGCGCUCAGGACCGCAGGGCAGGGCUGGGUGGGGCGCCACCCUGCUCUCUGUACAUAGAAAAGCUGGAGCUUAUUCUGCGAAUGGAGACGAUCAAACCAUCACUGAAGAAUCCACACAGGAGGGAUCAACUCUGAGGACCUGAGCUGCGUCAGUCCCACUGCGAACAUCUCAGUUACCUCAUUCUGCAAUAAGUUCAGGACUUGACUAAAAGGCUUGGUUGUCCAGGCUUUUAAUUGAAUAUAUAAAUAUUAUAUAUACAUGUUUCUUGUAAAUAUCCCAGUUUGAAUGCAUACCCGUGGUGGUUCUCUCGGGGCUAAUCCCCGUGCUAGAAUGUCCUUUCCAGCUACAUGAAUGAGAAGUCCCAUGUCCACACCCACCGGAAGCAAAAGCCUGGUGGAUGUCUGGUUCGUCCCUCGCCAUCAUGGCCUCCUCCGUGCUGCGACAGUACGUCCCACGUCGGUAUUUCUAAAUGACCUUAUUUAUACCUGCAGAGGUACACGUCAGUCCCAUUCAGGAGUCUUAAAGCAGCAUGACAGUCCCAGACCUGCAGAGUUCUGAGGGCAGCUUGCUGGCUGACAGACUCGGUCUUGACCUGGAGGAAGGCCCGUGCGUUCACCGCUGCGUCCACCUGGAGGUGUUUGCUGUUGUCCGCUGAGUACUGUGAUUCUCAGAUAAGUUUGCUGCGUUUUGGAAGAUGACACAUGUUUUUGUAUAGGCUAGUUCAGUAAUAACAAAAUACAGUUUCGUCCUCCCUUAAAGAGAGAUCUUAUUAGAA